GUAAGACUCAGACUGGUAUGGAGUAUGGAGAGAGACACGUAGAUUCUAGGCCUAUAACAGAUCUGACAUGCAUAGGUUACACAAUGCACCCUAUUAUUUAGGAAGACAGGAAAUAAUUGGAAAAUCUUUUACUCAUUCUCUCUAAAAACCUAUUCUCAAUUCUUUCUUUGUUUAGAAUACUAGAAAUCAGUUCAGUUCAUGAGUGAAAAUUAAGCGACGAAGUGGCACAACUGUUUAUAUUUUUUUGUAAUGAUAAGUUUUCUUUUGUGCAAUGUGCAGUGCUGCUCCGUACGGUUUUCUUUUUUAAUAACCAAGGGUUUAUCAAAAUUUUAGAGGGACAAAUAAAGUGAAAACAGAAAAUUUCGUUGAGUAGGUAGUAGGUAGCAGAGCCUAACCUAAACAACAGCUACUGACGAACAGAAAAAGACUAGAUCUAGAUGUAGAUGUAGAUCUAGAUUAGCCUACAUCUAAGAUCUAUCUCAAUCAGCAGCAUCCCCACCAUGUUUUGAGAAAAAAUUAUGAGUUUGCUGACAGAACCAUAACCAGGAUGAACCUCAAGCAGAUACUACUAAAGUCCCUCUAUGAACUUAGAGAGGAUGUAGAUAACACCAUUCGGUUUCUUGAACAGCAGAGUGAGAGCAAUAUUGAUGAAAAAUCGAGUUGGACUGUUGACCUGUGUAAGAACCACAUUUCAAGCUUAAAGCAUGGUUUUAAUAAAGCGUCAUGUUCAGGCCUUGUACCUUCUGAAAGUGAAAGUAAAAAGCAGGGUGAUGAUGACAGCGGUGGAGGUGGGAAGACAACUCAGCAAGUAAAGAAAGUCAGUGAGGAAAAUACGCCGACCACGGCAGGCAACUCGGAGGCGUACGAUUCUUUCGAUGAUCUGGAUUUUGAUGAUUUUUUGGGGAUGAGUACCAAGACUUCCAAAACAACUUCAAGUGAAAAGGUGAAUUGCCAUGGCAAGAAAAAUGAUGUGAUGCUAGACGAAGAACUGUUGUCUAUGGACGGAGAGCUCGAGGAAGAUGUUUGGCCAGGGGCACCUGAACCUGACUUUGAUCCUGAUGAGGAAGAACGACUUCUAGGAGAUAUCGCAAAUGAAAAUAAAGAACAUGAUGAAAUGUCCAGUGAUUCUGAGUUUGAUGAGAACAUGUUAGAGGAACUUGAGGCAGCUGAAAAAAGUGCUCUUGAGGAGGCUGAUGAUACUUUUCAGUACAAAGAAGACGAUGAAUCGGAGGACGUUCAUCAGCCAAGUGACAAAUCUUACUUGGAAGUUCUGAAACAGUAUUUUGGAUAUUCAAAAUUUAGGCCGAUGCAGUGGAAGAUCAUAAAUUCUGUCCUCAAUGACAAGAAGGACAACUGUGUCAUCAUGGCUACGGGAUACGGCAAAAGCUUGACUUUCCAGUUCCCGUCUGUAUUCACCAAGAGGACGUCCAUAAUCAUCAGCCCCUUGAUAUCUCUUAUGGAAGAUCAAGUUCAUGGUUUGCAAGCUUCAAAUAUUGAUGCUUGUUUCCUGGGAUCUGCUCAGACGAGAAGUGCUGAGGUGAAAGAGGAGUUGUUUCAGGGCAAGUACAGACUAGUUUACGUGACUCCUGAGUAUGCUUCCACUGGUAUGGAUGACUUCAAAAGGCUCAAUGAACGCGUGGGGGUUGAUCUCAUCGCCAUCGACGAGGCGCACUGCGUCUCUCAGUGGGGUCACGACUUCAGGCCUUCAUAUCGCCAUCUCGGAGCGUUGAAACAGCAGUUUCCUUCUAUUCCCAUCUUGGCGGUUACGGCCACUGCCACCGUAGAGGUCCAAAAAGAUAUCUGCCGAAGUUUGGGGCUAGUCAGUCCGCAGAUGACCUGUACAAGUUUUGACAGACCUAACUUGUUCUUAGUUGUCAAACAGAAGUCUGGUGAUAUUGCCAAUGACUUCCGGGGAGAAUUAGAAAAGAAGGGCUUGAGAUACGACUUCAGUGGGCCCACAUUAAUUUACUGCCAAACGAAGAAGGCUACUGGAGAAGUGGCAAGUGUUCUCCAGGCAAUGGGUGUAUCCUGCUUGUCCUACCACGCUGCCAUGUCUCUGUCCACUCGCAAGGAAGCACAUCACAAGUUUCUCAAUGAUCGAGUUCAGGCAGUUGUGGCUACAAUUGCUUUUGGGAUGGGCAUAGACAAGCCAGAUGUGAGAAAAGUGAUUCACUAUGGAGCACCCAAGGACAUAGAAUCGUAUUACCAAGAGAUUGGACGAGGCGGUAGAGAUGGCCAGCCAAGUUUCUGUACAGUGCUAUAUUCAAAGGCAGAUUUCAACAUCUCAAGACAUCGUAUUCAUUCCACGGAAAAUGAAAAGUUUAGGGACCACAAGAUGAAAAUGUUUGCCAAGAUGGAGCAGUACUUAAGCACCUCUCAAUGCAGAAGAAGGAUCUUGCUGUCCUACUUUGAAACUGGCAACUUGGAAGAAAUCGGAGGAACAGAGAACUGUUGCGACAACUGUCGUCUCAAAAUCACGCGACUUCGACAUGGUCUCGAUGUUGCUGAAGCUGCUGAUGAACCAAAGAAUUACUCCAAAGAAGCCUUUGACUUAUUCACAGCCAUUGAUGUCACCGGUUGUCGGUAUGGGCUUGGAGUUCCUACUCAAGUAUUGACCGGUUCAGCUAAUAAGAAAGUUGAGAAGUUUAAGUCAAGCAAAAUAUUUGGAUCUGGAAAGUACAGAAGUCAGAAGUUCUGGACUGCUUUUGGAAAAUGCUUGGUCUAUGCUGGCUAUCUGAAGGAAAAGGCUGUUCAGGGAGGGUUUGGCUCCACCACUGAGCUCACUCCCAUGGCAAGAACCUGGCUCCAGGACUACAAGAGGUCUGGAGAGGAGUGUAAAUUGACCAUUGUACCAAGUAAGGAUCUGUUACAAGAGGAAACGGCUGGCAAUAUGAAGAAGUCGGUCUCUAUCACCUUGAAAUCAGUCGCACCUUCUGGGUCAAGCUAUCUGUCGGGAGAACUCAGUUCAAACUUCUCCAGCUCCUUCAGCAACGCGAAACCCGUGGCUGUGGCUGAGAGUCCCGUUCCAAAGGUGGAUGAGAAGACUCAAAAGUUGCAGUCUGAUCUGUAUGCAAAACUCCUGAAGCUGAGGAACGACAUGGCACAAAAGACCGGCUUCACUCCGCACAACAUUGCCAGCAACAAACAACUCUUGGAUAUGGCUAAAUUGAGGCCAUGCACCCGGGCUUCGUUGCUCAAAAUAGAAGACUUCUCGGAAGUCAAAGCUCAAAGGUUUGGCAGUGAGUUUACAUCUGUGAUCAAAGCGUUUAGUGAAGAGCACUCUCUUAAACAAGAUGACUUUCCGGAUCCUGUGGAUUUGUCUUCAGGUGAUGUGCAGUCGGUCUUGGUGGCAGAUCUGUUCAAACUGUCAGAAACCCAAAGACAGUCGUAUGUGUUGUUUGCCUUGCAGAACCUCACCUUGGAAGAAGUGGCCUCCAAGAGAGGCUUGAGAACUUCCUCGAUCGUGAGCCACAUGUGUGAGGCCCUGAAGAAAGGUCUGGACGUGGAUACAAAGCGGUUGGGGGUCACGCCUCGGAUAGAGGAGCUCGUCACCAGCGCCAUCCGGGCUCCUCCUGUGAAUGGAGGUAUAUCCAGUUUGACCAAAAUCAAAGACCAACUUCCCUUGUACGUGGAGUACAACCACAUCAAAGUUGUCAUCUCUUUACUCCUUCACAAACACGGUCAGGGAGUCAACGCAGAUGGGGAACCCGUUCUGAGUGGGUCAGACCCACAAAAUGCUGAGGAUGCCAAGAAGUCUGCGUCAAGCUUGAGUCUGAAAAGAGAAAGGAGUUCAAGUUCCUCCUCACCGUCGUCUUCAGUCUCUCAAAAAGUUGGUAAAAUUUCUCCAAACUUGCCGUCCAGCAGCCAACAACCGACUCCCUCGUGGAAAUCAGUGUCAGAUUCCCAGUCACGGUUAGGGGCUGGCCCCCAGGAAUUCUUACAGUCAAACACUAUGGAUUCACAGGACUCUAGCCAGGGCAGCAUGUUGAAGAAACUGCCCUCAUGGAUGGCUCAGUCUGCCAAUAAAACUGUGCUCAAAAAGAAAAUGAAAUCGAACAGUUUGUUUAAGUAAUCCUGUGAUCAGGUUUGAUCUGUGUAUAUAGGAUAUUAUAUAUAUAUAUGUAUAUAUAUAUAGAGAGAGAGAGUUGAGCGUUUUAUAUAACUGCAAAAGUUGAUGUUUUCAUGGUUUGACAUUUUGCGAGUGAAGCUUUUGGCUGAGGGAGCAGCCACAGUUCACUUUUCUUUGUUUCUGGCUAACACAGUGUGUAGCUCUGUUGGCUGGCUGCUCCACAUUGUAUGGAAGUCACAUAUGGCAGCUACGUUGUUGGUGAAGUGAUCCGAGUUCCUGGAAAUAUCCAUGUUGUUGUCCAUCUGUUCAUCUUGAGAGACGGUGAUGUGUGGCACAACGACAAGAAAGAACUGAGGUCGCGAUUUGACAGGGAGGCGCCCUUCCCAGUUUUUCGGCGUGAUAAGAAUGUAGUUUGGAUUCCGAUAAAGCUGACAAUGCCGAUCG